AUGGCCUAUCCACCGCCCUCGGGUCCUCCUCCCGCCUAUGCGCCUCUCGGCAACUCGUCUGCUCCCUCGCAGCAGGCGCCCUACCCGCCCGCCUCCGCUGGCUACCCGCCUCCGCAGGGCAGCUACGCUCCGCCAGCAGGGCCGCCGCCGGGACAUCAGCCCUACGGCGGCGCGCCGGGCGUCGCCAGUCCCGCCGCCUACGCACCGACCAAUCCCUUUGCCGACUCGGCGCGGCCUGCCUCCAGCGCGCCCGUGCGGCAGAACAGUGUGCUGCAGCACGCCGGCCGUCUCUCGGGCGCCGGCGCAGCAGGCGCAGCGGGGGGCAUGAACGAGAAUGCCCUCGAGCUGCUGCGCUCGUUUGAUACGAUCUUGCUGGUGGACGACUCCUCCAGCAUGCAGGUGACGGAACAGCCGGACGGCACACAUGGGCCGAGCAGGUGGGAACAGGCACGAGACGCGCUUGCGGGGCUCGUGGAGAUUGCGAUGCGGUACGAUGAAGACGGCGUAGACAUCCAUUUCCUCAACGCCUCGGCCUCUCUCCAAGGGUGUCGCGAUCCGGCCGAAGUGCGCGCGCUGUUCGACCGGCUCGAGCCCAACGGCAUCACGCCUACCGGCGACGCCCUCGAGCUGCUGUUGCUGCAGUACAUGGAUGACAUCGAGACGGCGCGCACAAAGAAGAGCGCGAUGCCAAAGAAGCGAAACUACCUCGUCAUCACAGACGGCCGAGCCACAGACGAUCCCGAAAGCGUAAUCGUCGCCACUGCGCGUCGGCUCGACUCGCUCAAUGCGCCAUUGACGCAGAUCGGCAUCCAAUUCGUUCAAGUUGGAGCCGAUGCGGAGGCAAAGGCGGCAUUGGAGGAACUCGACGACGCCCUCUCCAACGUCCACCGUGUGCGCGACAUCGUCGACACUGUGCCGUAUGCCGGCAUGGCUCUCGACGCAGAUCUGCUCGUCAAGGCACUGCUCGGCGGCAUCAACCGCAGACUGGACCGGCAGAAGUGA